AUGAGCCCUCGCUUUGUGCCAAUGUGGAGUGCCCACCUGCUCACAUGUGCCGAUGUGGAGUGCCCGCCUGCUCACACACAUGUCCAUGUGGAGCGCCCGCCUGUUCACACAUGUGCCCAUGUGGAGUGCCCGCCUGCUCACAGGUGCCCAUGUGGAGUGCCCGCCUGCUCACACGUGCCCAUGUGGAGUGCCCGCUUGCUCACAUGUGCCAAUGUGGAGUGCCCGCCUGCUCACACACGUGCCCAUGUGGAGUGCCCGCCUGCUCACACACGUGCCGAUGUGGAGUGCCCGCCUGCUCAUACGUGCCCAUGUGGAGUGCCCGCCUGCUCACGUGCCCAUGUGGAGUGCCCGCCUGCUGCCCGCCUGCUCACGUGCCCAUGUGGAGUGCCCGCCUGCUCACACACGUGCCGAUGUGGAGUGCCCGCCUGCUCACACGUGCCGACGUGGAGUGCCCGCCUGCUCACACGUGCCGAUGUGGAGUGCCCGCCUGCUCACACACGUGCCCAUGUGGAGUGCCCGCCUGCUCACACACGUGCCCAUGUGGAGUGCCCACCUGCUCACGUGCCCAUGUGGAGUGCCCGCCUGCUCACGUGCCCAUGUGGAGUGCCCACCUGCUCACACGUGCCCAUGUGGAGUGCCCGCCUGCUCACGUGCCCAUGUGGAGUGCCCGCCUGCUCACACGUGCCCAUGUGGAGUGCCCGCCUGCUCACACGUGCCGACGUGGAGUGCCCGCCUGCUCACACGUGCCGACGUGGAGUGCCCGCCUGCUCACACACGUGCCCAUGUGGAGUGCCCGCCUGCUCACACACGUGCCCAUGUGGAGUGCCCGCCUGCUCACACAAAGCCCUGGCAUGGUGGCUCUGUAGGUUUCCUGUCCUGCCGGCCGAGUCAGACGCUGUUACCGUACAUUCUACUCAUGGUGGCUUUUUAAUACGUUUUUAAUGUCAAGGACCCCUUUUAUAUUUCUCUGCACCUCAAGAUAACGUGGGAAUAUUAGGGAUGAGAUGGAAGAGGAGAGGGUGUUUUUGUAAAAUAGAAUUCAGGACUGAUUUGUUAGCCUGGUGCUUUUCGUAUCAGACCUUUUAAUGAAUUUUCAUGGAUGCUGAUUAAAAGACAAACCUGUGA